UCCAGCUCAUUCGAGUCAAGAUGUCGAUCAAUGACGUAAUCGUCUUGAUAACUGUCGUCACUUUCACGCUGGCUUUAUCAACCACGGUUGUGACUGCGUCGUGUGGAGUACAAGCAAUACCACCGAGUACGUCAUUGCCUGGCACGGCGAUCGUAGGUGGAGCUCCAGCAACACCUCAUAGCUGGCCAUGGGCCGCACAACUGAAGUUUCAAGGCAAUCAUUAUUGUGCAGCAACGUUGAUUCAUCCAAAGUGGGUGGUGACGGCAGCCCAUUGCACCCAGGAAAUAUGGGUGGGUUUCUCUAAAGUUCAUCUGGGUUCUCACUCGAGAGACCAAAUCGAUGUCGGAAAAGAAGUACAGAUUGGAACACUUCAGUUGACGAUACCGUACUUAACCAAGUGGUUGUCCCGGUGA